AUGGACAUCCGAUCAUUCUUCCAGGAAGAUGCUUCAAGAAAUAACGAGAAAACGAUUAGUAAAAGAAAGAAAACAACAACACCAUUAAAGUCAAAGCGUGUGGAACCGGAGCCAACCCCUCCAUCGCGUCAUUCGACUCGCCGUGCUGCUAAGAAGAAUAUAGUGAUAAUCGAUGACAGUGAUGAGGACGAAGAUACUAGCAAGUCGAAAGCUACGAGUAAGAAGAAGACAGAACGCGCGAACUCGGAUUCAGAUUUUGAGAUGGAAUGCAGUGAUGACGAAGUGCAAGAGGUCAAUCCAAAGAAAGAUCGAUUGACGAAAACUCACCGUUUAAAUUUCGACAAGGAGAAAGUAAUGCUGGAAAAGGAGGUGAAGACAAAAUUAAGCACGAAGUCUGAAGCUUCAUCUUUAAGUAAAUUAGAUGCUGACAACUCAAUACAAGCGAUUGUGAAGCAGGAAGGUGCACUAAGAAAAGUCCCAGCGCCAUGCUCGGGAUGUUUGAAUGCCAAGACAUUUGCAUUUUCCGGUGUACUUGAGAAUCUAUCGCGCGAGGAUGCGAUACAUCUGGUCAAGUGUUGUGGUGGGUCAGUUUCGAAUAACAUUACGCGUAGUACAAAGUAUUUGGUGAUUGGAAUGACGCUGGAGCAGGGUGGUGAGAUAAUAGAUAGCUCCAAGUACAAGGAAGCAGUGGCAAAGAAUGUUCGAAUUCUGACUCAAAAUGAGUUUUACAAUCUUAUUACGGAGGCUGCAGCAGCACAACAGGCUCAAGAUUUGGCAAACGAAAAGAUGAAGACUAAAGCCGAAGCUGAUCGUACAAAGACAUCGUUUGCAAAAGGCAAGCAAAAGCUAAGCACAUUGGCUGCCAAUGAGCUAUGGACAGACAAGUACAAGCCGAAGAGUCUGAAUGACAUGAUUGGCAAUAUUGAGCUUGGAAAAAAGCUAAAAACGUGGCUUUUAGAUUGGGAGGCAAUGCAUGUGAAAAAAAACAAAAAAGUUCCCUACACAACAAAACUAACAGAAAAUCGAGGAGCCAUGACUGUGUUACUGUCGGGACCUCCAGGUAUUGGCAAGACAACGAUUGCGAAUCUUGUCGCUCGAGAGUGCGGAUUUGAGUGUACAGAAAUGAAUGCAAGUGACACUCGUAGCAAGAAAAUGCUACAAUCUGAUCUCAAAGAUGUGCUAGGAACACAAGCACUUCAAUUUGGCAGUCCUCUCGGAAAGUCCAAGGAUAAAAUGCAUCUUGCUCGUCGUGUCAUCAUCAUGGAUGAGGUCGAUGGAAUGUCAGGCGGUGAUCGUGGAGGUACAGCAGAAUUAAUUCAGCUGAUCAAAAAGUCAAAGACUCCGAUCAUAUGUAUUUGCAAUGAUCGUCAGAGCCCAAAAGUACGUUCGUUGGCCAAUCAUGCAUUUGAUUUGCGAAUGCGUCGUCCUACGAAAGUUCAAAUUAGCAAGCGACUGAUAGAGAUUGGCAUCAAUGAAGGUCUGCAUGUAGAAAAGAAUGCAAUUGAAGAAGCUGCUGACCGAUGUGGUAACGACAUUCGACAAUUACUCACCCAGAUGCAAAGAUGGCGACUGAUUACGACCAAAAUCACUUAUGCGGAUAUGGUAAAUCCAGCAUCACAGCACAACAAGGACGAAAGUUUGAGACUGAAUCCGUUUAGCGCUACCCAGCAAAUAUUUCAGCGUGAGCUUUCAUUUGACGCAAGAAAUGAAGCGUAUUUUGUCGACUAUGACUUGAUGCCGCUAAUGAUUCAGGAGAAUUACAUACAAAGUAUUAUGAACAAUCGGAGGUCGGUGGACGAAAAUUUGCAAGCGGCAAUGUAUGCGUCUGAGUUUAUCUCGGACAGUGAUCUUAUAAACACGUAUGUGCGAGUGGAUCAGCGAUGGGAUCUACUUACAAAACAGGCAGCCAUGAACAUUGGCGCUUGUGUAUAUUCGGCUGGAUUUAUCGGUCAUCCAGAGUUCUCUAGGUGGCUAGGAAAGAAUUCCUCGGCGUCAAAGUCAAAGCGAUUGCUAAGCGAACUAUCCGUUCGAAUGCGAUCGCAUGCUUCCGGUUCUCGAGAAGUCAUUCGACUUGACUAUGUGCCAUAUAUGAAGGAGAUAUUGCUGAAAUUGCUAUUAACAGGAGAGAAUAAUAUUCAUGCUGUGAUUGAACUGCUCGAUGAGUGUGAGAUUUCAAGAGAAGACUUAACAGAAUCGAUGGAAAGCUUCAAAUUUCCUGGUAUCAAGCGCUAUUCGUACACAGAACUCGACACUAAAGCAAAGACAGCGUUCACGCGAAUGUACAAUAAGGCAUCACACAAGUCGCAAGCUGUAGUUGAGUCGGUUCUUGGGUCGACUACUAUUAAAAAAGGACGAGGAAAAGCAUCUGAUAGUAAAAAUGAGGAAAAUGGUUUGCCACCACCGUCAGAUGCUGAAAGUGAACCAGAGGAGGAGGAUGUUGACGUAAGCAAGUUUCAAAACAAGUCGCGCGGUAGUGCUAAACGUAAGGCUCCUGUUAUUCCAGCAAAGAAGGCACCCCGCAAGGCUCCACUGAAAAAGCGCCGCACGUAG